ACCAGACGUUUACCAGCAAAUCAACCUAUAAGUUGUGUGUGAAACCUAAUUGUGGUUAAUUUUUGAAAUUUAUCUAAAGUAUUAUACCUUAAACUCGUACAUUUAUGUUUGUUUUUUUUGCAAUAUGAAGUGUAAUUGAAAACCCUGUUUAUUGAAAUUUACACGACAUUGACUUCAAUUUGUUAAAAAGAGUGGAAAACAGCAUAUUGAGCAAAUAAUCUUGAAGGAAUAUUAAGCUGGGAGCAAAACACAAAAACAAAUAAGCAAAACAAUGGAGUUAAUAAACUAAAACACCCCUUUGCUUUAAAACAAAGGGGGUUUGUUUCAACAACCCACAAAACAAUAAAGUGAAUCAUCAACACCCCAAUUAAAUAGCAACAACAAAAAAAUUCGUUUUAAGCGAAAAAAAAAGAAACCCACCACCACCAACCCAACCCAACCAACCAUACUUAUCACCUUCAAGGUUUAUUAUAUUUUGGGUUUUAUUUUAAUAGUCAGCAGGCACCACAAUUACGACAGCUCUAAAGUUGCUGUUACUUUUUGGUGAAUUAAAAUAAUUACGAGAAAUUUUUGUGCAACACCCAACCAAAAUGUUUAAAUUACAAGCUCUAUUUAGUUUAAAUAAGCUCAGCCGUGGCAACAAUAAACAUAGAAACAUCAUGCCAACCACAAAAUUAGCAACAUCACCAACAACAAUAACAACAGCAGCAACCGCAAAAGCGGUAAAUGUAUCAUUAUUAUUGCUAAUUUCUAUGGCUUAUUUAAUAUGCCCCAUCAUAGCAUGGAUGCCUGAUGUUAGACCAGAUUUACAAUAUAAACAAGAUAAAAUAUUAGCCAAAUUCUUUGGCAAUACAACAGACUAUUUCAAAGUAUUGGAUCAUGAUGAUACGACGAUUUUAGUUGGCGCUAGAAAUGUUAUCUACAAUAUAAGUUUAAAUGGUUUACGUGAAAAUAGCCGCAUUGAAUGGUACUCAUCUGAUGCUGAUCGCGAACUGUGUGCCCUAAAGGGUAAACGUGAGUCAGAUUGUCAUAAUUACAUCCGGGUAUUUGCACGUCUUAAAGACGGUCAAAUACUGCUGUGUGGCACCAACUCAUACAAACCCAGAUGCCGUCAUUAUGCUCCUAUUUUGGAUGAAAAUCAGACGAGUAUAACAGCUGCACCCACUUAUGAAAUUGUGCGGGAUGUUGAAGCCCAGGGUCUGUGUCCCUAUAGUCCCGUGCACAAUAGUACUUAUGCCUUUGCUGAUGAUCAGUUAUAUAGUGCCACAGUGGCGGACUUUUCGGGCGGUGAUCCUUUGAUUUAUAGGGAAAAUUUACGCACGGAACAAUAUGAUUUGAAACAGCUAAAUCAGCCCGAUUUUGUGGGUGCUAUAGAGCGUAACGGUUUUAUUAUGUUCUUUUUCCGUGAAAUAGCCAUGGAAUUUAUGAAUUUUGGCAAGACGGUUUACUCUCGCGUUGGCAGAGUUUGCAAAAAUGAUAGAGGCGGUCCCUAUACGUUAAGCAAGACUUGGACUUCAUUUUUAAAGGCCAGAUUAAAUUGUUCGGUGCCCGGAGAAUUUCCAUUUUAUUUUGAUGAAAUACAGGCCAUAUCACCAGUUAUUGAAAGUGGCACAAAUCCUUUAGUUUAUGCCGUCUUUACCACUUCCGCUAAUGCUAUACCUGGUUCAGCCGUGUGUGCCUUCAAUGUAGACGACAUAAUGGAGGCCUUCCAGGGUCGUUUCAAAUCCCAAAAGGACAGCCAAUCCCAAUGGUUGCCCGUACAAGAAGAACAAGUACCCGAACCCCGACCCGGCCAAUGUGUUGAAGACUCUCGCACGCUUUCCUCCUUGGCUGUGAACUUUGUUAAGAUUCAUCCCCUAAUGGAAAUGUCAGUACCGGCAGUGUACUCUCGUCCCCUGUUGACCAAAGUAAAUUUGCAUCAUCGUCUUACCACCAUAGCCAUAGAUCCUCAGGUACAUGCUUUAAAUGGAGAAUUCCAUGAUGUCAUUUACACCGGUACCGAUGAUGGCAAAAUCACCAAAUUCAUUAAUAUACCCACCGCCUCGAAUGGCGGCUCAGCAGCCAGUAUUGAUAAUUUAAGAACUGUAUUAAUCUCAGAACUACAAGUAUUACCUGUGGGUACACCAGUACGCGAAUUAGUUGUAUCCUCCAAAACCAACACUUUGCUGGUGGUAAGUGAUGGCAGUCUGGUGACUGUACCCCUGCAUCACUGUGCCCACAUUGUUGAUUGUGCCAGUUGUUUGGGUCUGCAAGAUCCCAACUGUGCUUGGGAUCAACAGACUCACGAAUGUAAAAGUCUUUCCAUUUCCAAUCAUAAAUUUGGUACAAAAACAUUCCUACAAUCUCUGAAUACCACAAAAAAGAUAGCCAAGAAUUUAUGUCCCAAAUCCUCAACGCGUGGCACUGUUAUAGCCGAUGGUCCUGUCAUUAAUCUGGGUGCUGUUACCGACAACAACUUGGACUCACAAGUCAAUACACAAGUUCACAUUGAAGAAGAAUUGACCAAAAAACAUAUUUAUUCGAAUGUGGGUGCUAUUGGCGGCAUCUCAAAUCCCAUUAUACCCGAUAUUAGCUCACCAGAACUAGAUUUGCCCACAGCAAUGGGUGGAGAUUUUCUGAAUACGUUUAAUGAUGACAAUAAGAUUACAUUGCAUUCAGUGGAUCCUCAUGAUUUAAUGAAUUCUGUAAAUGAUCCUUUACAAGCUACGGCUUUGGGAGAAGAACAAAAACUGCAAUUGGCUGGCAAAAGUUUUUAUUGGGGUUUUGGUGCCUUGGCUUUGGCCUUAGUGUUCAUUAUUGGCAUGGUAGUGGGUCUGCAUGUUUCGAAGCGUAACUGCAAGCCUCCCUCCAUACACAGUUCACAUCGCAAUCAAUUCAGUUCAAAUCCAACCUUUGGCCUUAAACAUAACAAAGAUAUAAAUCUAUUAAUGAACACCAAUCACUACUGUCACCCCGGCAAGCCCAGCUUAGAUUUGGAAAAGGAUCGUAGUCAUGAAUGCAAAAACUCAACAGAGAAUCUGGAAAAAGAAUUGCCCUGCAAAACGUCAACAUUAACAAAAGUUAAACGCACAUAUAUAUGAUUAAACUCAUGCAUGCUGGCAUCUAAAUAUAUACUCUGGAUUUUGAACGAAAAAUCAGAAAGGGUAACAAAAAAAAAAAUCAUAUAUACAAACACAUUUUUUUUAGUAAAAUUUUUUAUACAAACAAAGUUUUUUUUUGUUUUGUUUAGUUUAAACUUUAUUUUUUAAUUAAUUUAACGAACGACGAAUUUCUCUUUUUUCUUAAUUUUAAUAUAAAUCAUUAUGGAAAUUGAGCGAAAAGAAAGAAAGGAUAUAUAUUCGAAUAGAGUUUUUUUUUAUCUUGAGGCCAACAGUUUUGAAACAAAAUGAAACGUAAACUAUUGUAUAGUUUGAGAAGAUAAAAGAAAGUUAAUGUUGGGAAGAGUAUAUGAAAGCAAUUAUCGUUUGAGGGAGUUUAAAAUCUCUUUAAUUUUAUUUCUUGUUUUGUAUUUAAACUCGAAUAUUUGUAUUAUAAACUACAUAUUUUUUAUAUUAUUAAUUUCAAAAUUCAUUUUUAGACAAAGUUUGAAACACAGAUUUUAAUGAGUUUUUUUUAUAAAAAAAAACUUUACUUGAAUUUAAUAUCCUUUAUAUUUCGCAUAAAAAAUAUUAGAUUUUUUUAAUAUUUGUUGAUACUUUAUAUUUUAAUAAGUCCAUUUUUUAUUGUUUAAAAGAGAAUUUCGUUUAGGCUCUUAUAUAUAACAAAUGAUUAAGAUGAAGAAACCCAGAUACAAACGUUUGAAACGUUUUAAUAUUUUAAGCAGUUUUUUUUUAAAGUGAGUCUAUAGUUUUUAUAUAUACACAGUGAAUUAUUUUUUUUAUAUAUAUAAAUAGUAGUAAUUUAAGCUAAUAAAUAGUGUUAUUUUAUAUAUAUAUAGAUACGAAAAGAAACAAAAAAUUAUCUACAUUUAAGCUUAAGUACAAAUUAAGUAUGUUUUACAUUUUUAUAUUAUGAUAUAUACAAUAGUCUUACGUUAAACAAAAAUCUCGAAAAUUAACUACAAAAAAAUCUAUGAUUAUACAUAUAUACAUAUCGUUUUUGUAAGUCUAAACAGAAAAUUGACGACGACAUAAACUUAUGAAAUUUGUAUAUUUAUGCGAACACUUUUUAUACAUGUUUUUUAUAUACAACACAAAUAAUAAAAAAAAAGAA